AUGUCGGUGAACCGGGCCAUUGUGGCGGGCAGCACUGCGCCGCGGGAGGCCGCGCGAGAACCGGGCGCCCGUCUGCUGACCGUUAUGGCGCGGCCCUCGCUUCCGGCGCGCCGCGCCGAUUCGCACCGCGGCGCCGGAGAACAGACAACAAUGGAGAGAGGCGAGGCCGGGGCGACGCAGCUGGCGCGCGGCGCAGGUGCCUUCCCUACCCUGCCGUCCGGCGCGCCGAUCACGCCGCGCAGCAUGCAAAUACCACCGGACGCUCCCACGACCCGCAACCAGCAGAGGUCGCCACUGCUUAAUGAACCGCGCACGACACGGAAACCGCACUGCGGAGCGCCGUACCACCUGCGGCCGCCGCCCCCGCGCCCUCUGACGCGCCGGACACUGCGCGCCCUUGCCGCACCGCCCUCGCCCGCGCCCGCGCCCGCGCCCGCUUUUAUUAAGACCUCCGUCGGUCGUGAAUUGUGUAAUUGGGGCUAUUUCGGCCCUGCACGUCGGCUGCCGCUGCACCAGACCGCCCGUCUAAAUACGGACGGCCCAGCGCUCGCCACACUGCAAGCAAGCUUCCCGGGUAUUUCCGUCCCCGAGAUGCGCGUUUCCGACAACAGCGGCAACGUACUGUGCACGCUGAAUGUCGAAGGGCCAGAAGGCCACCGAGCCAGGUGCAUCGGGGGUGGCGGCUGGCGUGACCCGCAGACAUUAGAGCGCCGCGCCGGGCCUCCCUCACGCGGGCGCCGCCUCCCCCAGGGCGGGGGAUCCCCGCGGCCGCGGCCGCAGUCGCGCCGGCACCGCCAGCCGAGGUAUCGAUCCCGCGACGGUGGACGCGGCAAGGCGGCCGCUCUUGAGCUGCAGUCGGCGCAGCUCGCGGGCACGGAGAACCCUUUCGCCCGCAUCCGAACCGGCAACAGCGGGCCUUCCUCCCGCCGAAGCUUUCUCCCGCGGCCGCCCCCUGCUCGUCCCGCAUUCGCGUUUCCUGUGGCGAUGACGCCGACGCCCGGCCGCCCGCCGCUACGUCACGUCCUCGACGCGACACGCGUCGCUCUCGACGACGCCGAUGCGAAAGAGAACAAAGCGGGCCCCGGCGACUCCCUCUAA